CAAAACACAAUAACAAAAUCGAAGCUCUAAUUAUAUCUAUAAAAAAAAUUCGAAUCCCAAGAGAUAUGGGAUCUUCAUAUUCUAAAGGAGCAAAAACAAGCCCUUCUAUGAGAAGCACCAGUAGGAAAAAAGGAUCUGGUAGUUCCAAAAUCAAAGAUAAGCCUUCGCACACCACAUCUGUUGAAGGAACAUGUGAUGUUGACAAUAAUCUGGAGCACAAAACUGGAAAUAUUGUACAUGAAAGAAAGGAUAGCAAAAAGUUUUGGAUCUCACAUGUGAAGUUUAGAAGAAGUAGUGGAGAUUUGAGAAGGACUUCGUCUGAGAAACGACCCGAAAUUCACAAAGAUGGAAAGACGCAUGCUAAACAAACACUACGACAAGAACAAAAUUCCAAAAGUGCAUUACUAAAAACUUCUGCUGAGGGAACGUCUUCACAGACUAAAGAACUCCAUGAAGACGAUAGAAGUAGUGAAAAUAACAAUAGAGGUGUAAAAUCAGGGAUUUUGGAACAAGGUGCGAAUUGUUCCCAACAUUCCGUUGUUACCAAUGUCAAUGCUGGGGUUGCCAAGUAUAGGUCAAUGACAGUUGUUGAACUUUAUAAUAUUCUUAAUGAUGGUGCACUUUCACCUUGUAUUUGUGACCCGUCCUAUGUUCUUUUAUUGGACACAAGAAGUAAGGAAUCGUAUGAGCAGAAUCAUAUAUUAUUAGCUAGGCCAUCAACUUCUCUUUAUUCUGACUUACAAUCUUACAACUACCUAAAUGGGCUUUCAACCAGUAGUAUAUCGAAUUCUGUUAGUGAAUUCACUUGGAUCAUUAUAUAUGGAGAUCGUAUCGAUCCUGAUGAUAGAAGUAUAGAGGAAAGACCAGAGAUCAAAUUGUUCAAUGAACUAGAAGGAAAUUAUGAUGCAGAGCCUUAUCUUCUUUCUGCAGGAUUUAUUUCAUUUGAAAACUCUUUCCCAUUUUUAUGUACAGACAACAAAAUUACAGAUUAUAAGACUUUAGAGGUCUACCCUUCAAUGAUCUUAGACGACCAACUUUACCAAGGACGUGGUGACCAAGCGACGAACAUCAAGGUCGUAGAAAACCUAAAUAUCACCCAUAUCGUAAAUAUCACUCAAGAACACAAGAAUGCGUUUCCAGCCAAAGUGGAAUACUUAACUUUAAAACUUGACGAUGUCCCUCAAACCCAACUUUUAAAGCACUUUGAAACRACAAGUGCUUUUCUAGCUAAUGCAUUUAGUAGUGGGGGACGUGCUCUGGUACAUUGUAAUCUCGGAGUGAGUAGAAGUUCAUCAGUAARUAUAGCAUAUUUAAUACAGUCAAGGGGUUGGACAUUAAGACAGGCGUAUGAUUACAUUAAGGAGAGAAGGACGUGUAUCCGUCCAAAUAGAGGAUUCUUACAACAGCUUUCUGUCUGGGAAGUAAAUAUUCUGGGGAAAAGGUACACCAAUCCUGAUGACUUGUGGCUCUAAAUCACCAGUUAUAAAUCUCAUAUACCAACCAGUACACUAAAUCGCWGGAACAUUGUCAAUUGAAAUUACAUGUGAAAUUGGGCGGGGGGAAAUUUGAGGCAAAUUCCAUUUCUGGAUUUAACAAUCAGAGCAUGCGUUACAUUGUGGCUAUGUUUAAUUUGUACAGUGUUUGUAUAACAAUAUUCUUGUAAUUAGGCGUUUACGUUAAAUUUAAUGAUAUUAUUCAAAAUUAGUUGAAAUGUAAAGCUAUUUCAAAAAAUGUYGAAGGSGCAGAUGGCGGUCGUAGGUAAUAGGCAAUAAAUGAUACGAAAUAGGUCAUUCCAAGAUGCAAGAAUAUGGUAGCCAGAAUUGACAUAUUUUUWAUCAUUAUUCUAUUGUCAAUAACACAAAUGUUUAUUGAUGUUAAUUGUUGUUGAAAUGUCGUUUGUAGUCGACAAAACCAUUUAAAACAUUAUUCGAUUAUUUGUAAUUUAUAUGCAUGCGCACUGUGCCUUUCGGUCGUUCACACCUUCAAUGUUUUUUAAAUAGUUGUAUAUUCAUAAGGAAAAUGCUAGAUAUUCAUCAGUGCAAAUGGUUGAAGGCCCCAUUGGCAUUUAUUUAGUCUAAAUCUGAAUGAUCCAAAUUAAUAGCAGAAAAUAAUAUUCUAACUGUAAAAUAUUACAAUAUUUUGUAUAAAUAUGAUAAAUACAAUCCAAAGCUAAAAAAUUAUAAUCCCUUAAGUAAUUUAAUUAAUUGAUACAGAAAAAUGUGAUAUAUUGAUGAGAGUUUAUAAAUUUUUUUUUUUAAUUGGUACCAAAAGAAUGCUUUGUGCUCACUAUGGCUGCGUUCAUAAUGUAUGGCAGGGGGGCGGGCGGGGCAGGUGAAUAUUUGAAAUGUCCAGAAUUAUUCUUAACAUCCCCUUAACACCCUGCAAAAAAAUACGAUCCCCCCUAAGCAAGGCUUGUAGCUUCUUCCAAAA